GCCCCUGUAAUCUUGAACUGCCGACCGGCCACGCCACGAUUUCUCCUUCUCUCCUGUCUUGCAUGCCAGCUACUUAUUCGGAACGUGAAACUGAACUAUGUGUCUUUAAGACUGCCUGCGGUUUUCCGUUGUGUAGCGGCGGGGAAACGGACGUGCGGCUCUGACUGCAGUCCAGAUCAUUGCCGUCGGCAGACUUCCACCCUGGAACUGCGUGGAAAUAAGUUGCGACGGACUACCGCCCUCAAUCAAAACCAAGGUUCCGAACAACUGUAAAACCGUCGCGGUACUGACAGACAGACUUGGUUGCAUAACUGAGUGCACAAGGCCGACCCAAUCAGAUCAUCAGGAGUGUGUUACUGUGUGUGUGUGAAGACUCCUAUCUGAUCAUCACAAUGAGGCCUGGCCAGCUGUGUGUUGUGAUCCCGGCAUCAUCCGCUAUCAUCUUCCUCGUCCUCGUCAUGUCGGGACCUCCUCCCACCGACGCCUGUAACAAGGCCCUCUGUGCCUCGGACGUCAGCAAGUGUCUGAUACAGGAACUGUGUCAGUGUCGCCCAUCCGAUGGGAACUGUUCCUGCUGUAAGGAUUGUAUGCUGUGUCUGGGGUCACUGUGGGAAGAGUGCUGUGACUGUGUAGGGAUGUGUAAUCCUAAAAACUUUAGUGACACUCCACCUACAUCCAAGAGCACAGUGGAGGAACUCCACAUGCCCAUUCCAUCGCUGUUCCGAGCCCUUACAGAGGGCGACGCCCCUAUCAACAUGAUGGUGGUGUCCUUCCCCGUCGCCGAGGAACUGUCUCACCACGAAAACCUGGUCUCCUUCCUGGAGACGCUUCAUGACCAGCACCAGAACGUUUCGCUGCCUGGCAACAGCAUCCACGCCAGUUACGACACUCAAGAUAACAUAUGUACAGUGGUCUACUUCGAUGACUGCGUGUCCAUCCGCCAGUGUAAACUGUACUGUGAGUCGAUGGGAGGAUCCAAGUACCGCUGGUUUCACAACGCCUGCUGUCAGUGCAUCGGCCCCGAGUGUCUGGACUACGGCAGCAAGGCUGUCAAGUGUAUGAACUGCCUGUUCUGAAGGGGUGAACACAAACAGACUCUCCGCCCUUCCCUCCAAACGCACGCACUUGCACUGUGUGUCACAGAUUUGACUAUGGUGGCAGACCCUUACGCCAGUCCAGUAGCUUUAAAUCUCUGACAGGGGGUGCAAGUGCGCUGUCUGAUGUAUACAGUUAACCAGGAGUCUGAGGUAUACAGUUAACCAGGAGUCUGAGGUGUACAGUUAACCAGGACUCUGGGGUGUACAGUUAACCAGGACUCUGGGGUGUACAGUUAACCAGGACUCUGGGGUAUACAGUUAACCAGGAGUCUGAGGUGUACAGUUAACCAGGACUCUGGGGUGUACAGUUAACCAGGACUCUGGGGUAUACAGUUAACCAGGAGUCUGAGGUGUACAGUUAACCAGGACUCUGGGGUGUACAGUUAACCAGGACUCUGGGGUAUACAGUUAACAAGGACUCUGGGGUAUACAUUUAACCAGGACUCUGGGGUGUACAGUUAACCAGGACUCUGGGGUAUACAGUUAACCAGGACUCUGGGGUGUACAGUUAACCAGGACUCUGGGGUAUACAGUUAACCAGGACUCUGGGGUGUACAGUUAACCAGGACUCUGGGGUAUGCAGUUAACCAGGACUCCGAGGUGUACAGUUAACCAGGACUCUGGGUUGUACAGUUAACCAGGACUCUGGGGUGUACAGUUAACCAGGACUCUGGGUUGUACAGUUAACCAGGACUCUGGGUUGUACAGUUAACCAGGAGUCUGAGGUGUACAGUUAACCAGGACUCUGGGUUGUACAGUUAACCAGGACUCUGGGGUGUACAGUUAACCAGGACUCUGGGUUGUACAGUUAACCAGGAGUCUGAGGUGUACAGUUAACCAGGACUCUGGGUUGUACAGUUAACCAGGACUCUGGGGUGUACAGUUAACCAGGACUCUGGGGUGUACAGUUAACCAGGACUCUGGGUUGUACAGUUAACCAGGAGUCUGAGGUGUACAGUUAACCAGGACUCUGGGUUGUACAGUUAACCAGGACUCUGGGGUGUACAGUUAACCAGGACUCUGGGGUGUACAGUUAACCAGGAGUCUGAGGUGUACAGUUAA